GUGAAGUAAAUCUCGAGUGCGCAUGCGUGACGUAGGUAAACAAAAUGGCGGCAGUGAAAACAGGAGGAAAAGGACCACCGUGUUCUUCUGGAAUUGUAAGGGUUGGACAUUAUGAAAUGGAAAGAACAAUCGGGAAAGGGAAUUUUGCAGUUGUUAAACUAGCGACUCACAUGAUUACCAAAACAAAGGUUGCCAUAAAAAUCAUUGACAAAACUCAGUUAGAUCAAGAAAACUUGGACAAAAUAUUCCGGGAAAUACAGAUAAUGAAACUUCUGCGGCAUCCACAUAUUAUCCGGCUUUAUCAGGUGAUGGAGAGUGGGCGGAUGUUGUAUCUAGUCACAGAGUACGCCAGUGGGGGAGAAAUCUUUGACCACCUGGUGGCUCAUGGGAGGAUGAAUGAGAAGGAAGCCAGGAAGAAGUUCAAGCAGAUUGUAGCUGCUGUUUCUUACUGUCACUGUCGCCAUGUCGUACACAGGGACCUAAAGGCAGAGAAUCUACUGCUGGACGCGGCUCUCAACAUUAAAAUAGCAGAUUUUGGAUUUAGCAAUAUUUAUGACGAGGACACAAAAUUAAAAACUUGGUGUGGAAGUCCACCAUAUGCUGCUCCGGAGCUGUUUGAAGGCAGAGAAUAUGAUGCACCUAAAGUCGAUAUAUGGAGUUUGGGAGUUGUACUAUAUGUUUUGAUAUGUGGUGGCUUCCCCUUCGACGGUAGUAGCGUAGAAUGCCUGCGAAAUCGAAUAUUUAGCGGCAAGUUCAGAGUCCCGUUUUAUAUGAGCGCAGACUGUGAAGACCUGAUCAAGCAGAUGCUCACAGUGGACUGCAGGAAGCGCAUCUGCAUGGAGGGAAUCAUCAGCCACCCCUGGAUGCAGCUGGGUCAGGACGACCCGGAGUUUGUGCAGCUGAUCCGGGAGUACAACCUACAGCAGGCCUACCUGGACCCGGAUGUGGAGAACGUGAACGAGGCUGUGCUGGCACAGAUGGAGGCAAUCAUGCCGGAUGUGGAGCGCUGCAAAAUUGUGGAGUCUGUCAAGAACUCUGCAUACGAUGCUCUGAGCGGAGUGUACCACCUACUUCUGGACAAGAUACGAAAGCAUCCAAAGAUGUCCCAGAACAAAAUACAUCCCGAUCUCAUCGCUGCCUCACAGAAUCUGCCCAUGACCAUGCGGACAGAACGACGGUCGAGCAUAACCACUGGUGUCGUGGAGCGUGUAGAGGUACCGAUUGAAGAAAUGGGCCCACCAUCUUCACCCCCGCAAUCCUUGCACCCACAACACAUACCUCAUGUGCAGUUCUAUGAUGAAGACAACCAGCUCACAAGUGGGCGUGAUGACACAAAUCAUUCAGACUCCGACGAAGAUCCUGCUCCUGAAGCUCUGGCGCGCUACCUGGCAAUGCGUCGACACACGGUAGGGGUGGGCGACAUGCGACAUGAAACUCCCGAAGACGUGCGCGUGAAACUCGCGCAGUACCAGCCAAUCAUUGCAAUGCCGCAGCCAAACUUUUUCAUGCCUUACGGUUUCAAUCCCCUGAUGGCGAAUACAAACCUGCCCGCCGGUGUAAGGCAACCCUGGCCCACCACUCCCCAGGUGACGCCCGUGUUUGGUUCUGACAAGUAUCACCUACAACUGCCACCAAUGGUGGGACCUGAUGGAAGUAUAAACAUGAACAGACGUGCCUCAGAUGGUGGGGCGAACAUUCACAGCUAUCUAAGACAGAUGACGGCUGGAAACAGCCAAACUGGAAGCGUGGAAACAUUACCGACGUCACUUUCCGCCAUGGGGUUGCCGUUGACGAUGGAGGAAAAGGAAGAUAACUCUUCUGACCAGGAGCCUGACCAGGAGGCUGUUCAACGGUACCUGGCCAGUAGAGGGCGGGGCAAGCGUCACACCCUGGCAGUCUCCAACCCAAUCAACGAGGUGCAGGAGGAGCUGAGGAUGUCCCAGCAGCCCAUACGCCCAGCCAGACGCUCAUCAGAACGGGGGCUCUCCCCCUACUCAUACAAGGAAGGCGACAUGCUGCAUCCGCCCAGUGAGCGGUUCUCCCCAGUGAGACGGGCCAGUGACGGCCUAUCAGGGGUUAACAAACACCAAUUGUCCAACCUGGAGAGGCUCUACAACCAGACCCUUGUGAGCCAGGGGGCACGGCACAGCAGCCAGAACAGCCUAAAACAGCUGCAGCACGAGUGCCAUGAGCUACAGACUACCAAAUUUUCAGGGAAGAUGCGCAAAAAACAAGUAAGCGGAAGCGUUCCUGACCACCACAUGCUGCAUCGCCUGGCUCAGAAUCGCCCCGUCAGCAUGUCCGCAUCCCGAAUUCCGUCCCCGCCCAUCAAUGUUUCGCCUGGGUCGCCUGUAUUCCAGCACCGCAGCCCCACGAGCCCAGACUCCUCUAGCACUCAGCUUUAUCAGCAUCUCCAAAGGUUACACCUCACUCAGCAGAUUCGGCAGGUUGGGUCGCCGACGUUUCGUCGAUGCAGCCCGCCCAAUCUCAGUCAACUCUCAACUUCCGAUAGUCCGCCUCCGUCUUUCCCAAAUUUGUUACAGAAUUAUACCCAAGGACACCAGAGGGCCAGUCCCCCGCCAAAUUUCCAGAACCUUCAGAUGAUCAAGGAAGAUUCGAUAGAUCUGGACAAGAGUUCGCAGUCGGACAGCGAAGAGGACAUGCUGAUGCAAGAUGGCACUGAGAAUAUGGGAAGGAAACUCCUCAUGCAGGCGUUUGGGAAGAAACCGCAGAUAAGUAUAACGGAUACUCAAGGUCAUGUGACAGCAGUGACUUCCGAUGGCGACUCGGAGUCAGAGAAGGGUGACAGUUUGGAUAGUGCAAUCGUUUCAUCGCCCACUUCACCGGAGUCUUCUUCUCAGAGAGUGAUGUCCCCGUUUGUCUGUAGUAACAGUGCUCCCUUCGGGACGUAUAUGCAUUCAAAUCUGCCUAGCAUUCCAAUGUACUCCACAGCAGCAACAGACUGUCAGCGGAACUCAUAUCAGUCGAUAAAUAAAAACUGGUAUAGUGCUGGGCAAGACUAUACGUCACAUCCUUUCCAGGGGGUGGAUAAUUCGAAUAGUUACGAUUUAAAUCGUGAAAGUUAUAAUGCUCAUUCAGUGGUGUCUUCAUCACCAGGAAACUGGGAAAUCAGUAGUGAGGGAAUUAUGGAUAUGUAUUCAAAUAUUGACAGAACGGUGGAUGCUUCCUCUUUGGAAGUGGCCGGAGACCAUGAGUUAGCGAAGGUUGGGUCUUACGUUAACGUGUCCUCAAAACGUUCAGUGGCAGACAUCUUGAAUGAGAUUCGGAAAAUCCUUGAACAAAGUGGCCCGCAGAUAAUGUACAAGUGUUCAGAGAACUGUUUCCAGCUGGCGAACUCUGAUGUUGCUAUGGAAGUGGAGGUGUGUGAAGGUGUUAAUGCUAGUCGACUACAGGUGCGCCGCAUAUCGGGCGAUAAAGGCUCAUACCAACAGCUGUGUCAGGAACUGCUUGAUGGCAUCAAUAUAUGAGAAGCAUUCUAGGAAAAUUGGGCUUAAUGCAAGUGCGUAAAGUAUUGUUCAAGAUCAGCCUGUGCAGUGCGCAGAACUCAUCAGGGACUACACUUACUGCUUUUAUAGAAUUUUUCAUUUGAAGAAAGUCUCUUAUGAACUUAAAUCCAUUUAAGGCUGAAAGUGUUUCCCCUGAAUAGCCUGUGAAGACCGCAUACUUUGACCUGGGAUGACACUCUAUGCUCAUGCAAACAGCCGAGUUUUCCAAGAACAAGGGUCAUAUGAUAUUUAUACUCCAGUAGUCAUCAGCAUUUUGUGUGGAAUUCUUAGCUUUUUUUAGCAGCAUGUAUUUUUUUAACUAAUACAUUUUUUGGCUAUUUUUUUAUUUUUCAAUGUGUUGUGCUUUUAUGGUUUUCUACAAAUCUGAUAAAAUUGUAUGUCCUGUCUUUCUAGUUGAAUUUCUCAGAAAAUAAAUUUGGCUGUUAUGUGAGUCGCGUCAUGUGAAAUGGUCUUUUUCCAAAUGCGGCCAGUGUAGCUCCAGACCAGCCUAUGCAGCCUGGAGCCUUUUCACCAAUAUACGAAUAACCAAAUUUUUUUCGGCUCUGAUUACCUUGUAUUUGCCGAAUAAAAGGCUCUUCAAUCUCCUCUGGCUCGGUCCAAUCUGGAGCCUUCCGACGCUUCAUUUCGAUUUUUUCAACUGACAGACACUCCAUCUUAGAAGUUGUAUCAGAAAUGUCUGCUGCAAUUUAUGACACUAUUUGGCGCGUUUUCUUUACUAGACAGUUCGCUUAGUUGCGACAUUAUAAUAAAAAAACAAUGUUAUUGAAUUCUAUUUCUAAACGCGUUGGUGAAUACGAAUCCUGAGUCUGUCUUUUGUAAGUCUAAGUCUGAGUCAAAGUCAGACUUUGAGUUCAAGUUUGAGUUUAUUAUUGGUGAAUACGGCUCCAGGGCCCGUAUUCACCAAACAAUUCUUAGACUUAAGUCUAAGAAUAAAGAAAAUUCUUUAAAUUAGAAGAUUUAAUAUUUUCUUUUACUUUGAGUCAAAAGUGGUGAAAAACCAUCUCUAUCUACAUCAUUAUUCUUAUAGAACAUUUUGUGAAUGACAAUCACCAGUGGUAGUCUGUAUAUAUUUAAACAAACGCAUUUUUCUUGGUUCUAAGACUAUUCUUUAUUCUUAAGUCUAAGAAUUAGUUGGUGAAUAUGGGCCCUGAUCUGGAACCAAAGUAUCUGUUUUUGGGACCAUGAAACCUUGCAGGACCCUACAGCAGACACCACAACUGUGCAGGAUGGUCUUGACCUACACUGGCUGCAUAUGGCAUGAUACCAAUUUUUGCAUGAAGCGGCUUUAACAAGAGUUUGCAAUCCAUACAAUUUCUGCCAUUCAUCGUAAUCAUUUCAUGAUACCUCACCGGAAGAAUCUCAUUUCAUUUGAUGGAUACACUUGCCAUGCAAUAGAGGCAAUCUUUUAUAGUGUCCAUAUAAUCGAUAAAUUGCACAAACAUAUUUUUAAAGUUUGUUGGCUUUGCAGAACCUCAAAUUAGUGUUGCUAUUUUGUUUCUUAGAUUGCUUCAAAUACAUAUUAUUGCUUUCCAUCUUGUACUCAUUGGAUUCCGUACAUUUGCACAACCUCAUAAAUUUGUUAAAUACCAGUCUUUCUACUGCAAUUCAUUGGUAAAAGAAGACUUCAGUUAAAACAUAAUACUUGUUUUUCAUAUCACACAAAUAUGAUAGCAUUUAAAUAUGUACUAAACAAGGUGCUUUCUUUUUCAAAUUAGCCUCACUCUGUGAAAACCGGGCUUAAUGUGUAUGUGUUAUGUAUACAUAGCCUGUGUUAUGUAUAGUCCAAGAUUAGCCUGUGCAGUUCUCACAUUAGCCUGUGCAGUUCUCACAGGUAAAUCAGGGACAACACUUUCCGAUUUCAUGGAAUUUUUCGUUUUAAGAAAGUCUAUGAAUACUGUGUCCUCCCUGAUCAGCCUGUGUGAACUGCAGAGGCUAACCUGUGACGUUACUUUAAGCACAUGCAUUUAGCCCAGUUUUCCGAGAGCGUGGUAUAUAUAUUGUGUGUAUGACUGUGACUUGUGAUAUUUCUUUUUACGUUUUUAAAAUAUUGUUUAUCAUACAUCACAAGAUUACUCUGAGUUGGGAUGUAAAUUUUUUAUGUACAUAUUUGUACUAAUUAUGUUAAUAUUUUUCAAGAAAUUCUAUAUGUCAGUAUGUGUGUUUAAUUGUGCAUGUAUUUGACUAUGUUUCAAGAUGGCAUAUGCAGAUCUGAAGCUACUUUUGAUUAAACAAGACGUCAAAAUUGUUUGUUACAAAUUUGGCAUAGUGGCUAUGUAAUAGCCAUAAAAUGCUGUACAUACUUUAAACAAAAACAUAAAAAUCUCAAUAUUUUUUAUGAGGCCUGUUUCACAAAAACACAAAAGAUUGUAGAAUCUUGCAAAAACCUGUGGCUGUGUCAACAUUUGGUCGCAGUACGUGUUUGCUUUGUCAAAUUAUAUGCCUUAAAAAUAUUACAAUAUACCAGUUGGAUGACAAUGAAUAACAGUUACAUGUCAGCUGUGUGCAUUAGUAGUGUUCAUAUCAAACAUUAAAAUAUAGACAAUAAUUAUAGAAUUUCAUAGAGAACAGUUGUGUGUCACCUAUGAAACAGUCGCAUUAACAGUAGCUACACAAAGUUAUUAUUACAUGUAUGAGAAGCUGAAGAUCAUAAGUAUAUGUUCUUAUCUCUUUAAAAUGCCAUCAGCGUAGGUUGUAAGUACUGUUGUUGUUUGUACACUUCUGGAAAUUAUUAAUAGUACUAUUUUUACUUGUGAAUUUCUAUAGUCCUUUUUUCACUUAACUGCACAACUGGACAUUAUGAAUAUGUUAAACAGAUAACAUACUGUAACAUGCUGUAAUAGUUGAAUUAGAAAUUAAUGAACUGGAUUUCCCACACAUCUGCCUGUAUCUGUCUCCAUUGACAUAAACUUGUCACAGAAAAUACUCAAAUAAUUUUCCAUGUAUGACAUUCAAAUUCUACCUGUUGACUUUUAUAAUAUACAAGUGUGUUUUUCCAUUUAUUAUUAUAUUAUGCUAGGUUAAAACUGGUUAUGCCUUUUUUAUAUGCCAUUCUCUUCACGGAACAAAAAUGUACAUUUGCAGUUUCCUCUCUCCAACUUGUCAAGUUUUUAUCAGAUCUUAACCAAAUUUUCUGCAACUUUUUGUUGGCAUAUAAUGGGUGCAAAAUUAAUAAAAAUAGCCAAAUGGAGACAAACACUUCAAAGUUAUUGCUCUUUGUUUAUGUAAAAAAUACAAAGCUUGCGGUUUCAUCUCUCUUAACCGAAUCUGAACCAAAUUUUUCAGAAUACUGUUCUAUUAAAAUGAAGGUUUAGUUCUAUAACCGUCAAAAAAGAUUUUGCAUCCCAUUAGGUAAUUGUUUGUAUGACAGGCGCAAUUUUUCUUUAUGACCUUGUUUCUAUAACAGGGUGCAGGAUUAACGGGGUUCACAGGCUGGACAAAAUGAAAACAUACAAUUAAGAACUUUACUUUUGCAAAUAUAUCAAGUUAUGGGAAUAUGUUUGACAAAAUCUUUAGUGCAUACAAGGCAAUUUUUCUUGCAGUAUGUGUCAAUAUCUUAAGAUUUAAGAAUACAUGAUUGAAUACGCUGGAAAUCGGUGUCAAAAUUGCAUGCUGCGUGUAGCAUAAGCGUGAAUAUGAAAUCAUUACACAUAACAUUUUUGGCCAAGAACAAAGGCUUAUUAAAUUAUGUUAUUCUGAUGUUUUCACAAUCCCAUAAACCGCAUACAAAAUUGUCUUUUAUGCACUAGUUGAAAUAAUUGGAAAAAAAAUCACUUACCGGUGUAUUUGUAUCCAUUAACAUCCAUUUGUGAACCCCAUCAUGUCAUGUGAUCCUGCACCCUGUAUAACAUAGUUUUAACCCUUUCAGUGUGGGAACCGAAUUUUAAAGGCCUUUGCAAACAGUUUGGAUCCAGAUGAGACGCCACAGAACGUGGCGUCUCAUCAGGAUCCAAACUGUUUGCUAUUCUGAUAGUAUUCUUUGAAAAAAAUCGAAGAAAAUGCUAAUUUUAGAAAUUCAGCAGACAACAUUUUAGCAGACGACAAAUUUUCCAGCAUGCAAAGGGUUAAAAUAGUGCUGCAUUUUAUCACAGACGGCUUCUGCAGUUUUCAAUCUCUAUGUUUUUCCAGAGGAAGCACAACAAAUGUUGAUAAAUAUACGAGAUCAGAUAGUAAUAUUCUUUUGCAAUGUCUGUCGGUGGUUUCAUUUUCACCAAAUUAUUAAAAAAUAUAUUACAAAUUACUGUUAUGGUUAUUGUAGGUUUAUGUAUAAUUUCCCAGUUUUUGGUUAUGUCUGUAUAAAUACAGGACACUAGGAAGGUUACCAUUUAUGUUCUUGAGUUUGGUUCAAGCUGUAAUACAAUAGAGGAUGUUGAUAGAAAUAUUAAUGGUCAAGUUAUUGAAAUUCAAAACUGUUCAAUAUGUUUCAUGGAAAGUUUGUUUUUUAUACCUCAUUGUUUGUCAUUGUUUCAUUUUUUUUUAUGAAUGCUAUCUUACUUGUCUGUUCAGUUGUUAUGCUUCACUACACAAGUUUGUAUUUCAAUGGGUUGUGAUACUGAAUUUCAAAUAAAACAAAAAUGUUUUUUUAACCUUAUAUAAGCGAUUUGCUUUAAACAUGUAACCACAGCAUUACACACUUAGUUGUUUUCCUUUAUAUAUGCAAGAUUAAUGACUUAUGCUGGGAAGAAACGUACAAGGAGCAAAUGUAGCAAGUAUGACCUAGAAAAUCAGUAUGCACAUAUUUAUGGCAUAAAAGGGUAAACAAAUAAACAUUGGGGAAACAUUUUAAUGACAAAACAACAAUUAUAUCUCAAACAGCUGUAGACAAAACAUGUUGAUUAUAAGAAAACUUUGUCUUCAAGCUGAGCUCCAGAUAAAUUUGUAUUUUUCUCCGUUAUGUAUAGUUGAAUCCUACAGAAUGAUUAUCAAUUACGUUUCCUUAAACAGCAAAUGCAAUUGGAUAUCGGAAGGUCAUAAUAAUCCACCAUGUCAGGAUUUGAAAGUCCAGAUAACAUCUACUGUUCUAGCCUAGCAACUCAAAACAGGCUGAAUGACGAAUGUUGACUGAUCAGAGUAGCCGAUGCGCUAAGCAGCACGGUGUCGUCAUGAUUAAUGAGGAAUGUUGCUAUAUCUUGCAUUGACUUCUUCAAAAAAUUCCAUACUCUACUGCUAACUGCCGAAAAAUUGGUUUAUUUCACAUGUACUUUAUGUAGCUAAUAGCAUUAUCAAAUUUUGAAUACUUAAUUUCUGUUAAUUAAUGCAUAUGUUUACACAGGAAAGCAAGUCAUGUUUUGUUGUAUUAAACACAUUUUCUUUAAGCCUCUUUGCAUGUUAACUGGUGCUAAACAGUCAAGCUUUUAUACAGUGUCUGAAUAAAAACCCUGCUGUUUAAGUUAUAUUCAUUAUAUAUAGUUUAUUUAGUAUUUUUUAAGUCUGUGUUUUGCCAUCAUAUUUGUAUUGUGCCAUUGUUCAUGUCAUUGAGUUGUAAAGUUGAAUCAUUCAAAAAUUAACAAACACUUGCUAUGCUUAUUAAGUGUUCGUAGGGAUAUUGUUUGUUCUGAUGCGGGGGGGGGAGAUUUUUUGUUAGGGUUAGGGUAAACAACUCGGAGAGUCACACUUAAAAAGAACAUUCUUAUCAAUUAGCACCACUUGGUUUGGAGAAAUUAAUGGCAUUUUUUUUGUCUUCAUAUUGAAAUGGCCUGUUCUUUUUUUAACAGUAACCCAGUGUGUUUUUUUUUAAUUUAAAAUACAAUGUCCCUUGUACAUGCAUUACAAACUUUGUGACAUCCUUCUGUAUUUUAAAUCUUCUGUAUGGAAAACAGUUGUUUCUCUUUUACUAGUAUUUUAAUACUCUAAUCCUUGUUUUGGCAAUUGCAAAAACAUUGUUACAUUAUCAGUGAAUUAAAAAAAAGAUUCAAUGGUUGUUUGAAUGUUGUUUGACUGAAACUAACACUAAAUGGUUGUAUCUAAUUUUCAACAAAAAUGUGAUCAGUGACUUUUUUUCUACAGUUACGCUUUAAAGUAGUGGCAUAGUGUGUGUUUGCUUAUUUAGAAAUUGCCAUUUUAUUACGACAUCAUCAAAGAUUGUGUACCAUGUGACCUGCAAUGUUUUUAUCUAUUACCAAGGUGCUUCUAUUUAUUCUUAAGCUUGGUAAUGACUUAACAAAGUGUGAUAGUUGUUUUGUUUUAAGAUAUUUUGACUGGCUCAAAAAAUAUAUAAAAAAUCAAUUAUC